GUUUUAAUAUUUGUCAAACUGUCUGGAAACAGCGGUGUCGUGUAACUUUUUUUUUUUUUUUUUUGAUAACUUUAAUUUAUCAAGUGUAAUAAGUAAAUAAGAAUAAAAAGUUCUAAUUAAUAUACAAAAAAAUAUUUAUUACGUAAAUUAAAACAACAAAUGCAUCACAAAGUUUAAAAUAUCAAUUAGAUAUCAACGCAUAUAAUAAUUGGUAAAGAAACAAUCACAACUUCAAGAUGUCGACAUCAGCAGUAUAUAUUCUAGAUGUCAAAGGAAAAGUAUUGAUAUCACGUAAUUAUCGUGGUGAUAUUGAAAAUAGUGUUAUUGAAAAAUUUAUGCCACUUGUUAUGGAACGUGAAGAAGAGGGUAAUUUAACACCAUUAUUACAAAUACCAGAAUGUACAUAUGCAUAUAUUAAAUAUAAUAAUUUAUAUAUUGUAUCAACAACUAAAAAAAAUGCAAAUAUAUCAUUGGUAUUUGUAUUACUUCAUAAAAUAGUUCAUGUUAUGCAAGAAUAUUUUAAAGAAUUAGAAGAAGAAAGUAUUAGAGAUAAUUUUGUUGUAAUAUAUGAACUUCUAGAUGAAUUACUUGAUUUUGGUUAUCCACAAACAACUGAUAGUAAAAUAUUACAAGAAUAUAUAACACAAGAAGGACAUAAAUUAGAAAUACAACCAAGAAUACCAAAUGCUGUUACAAAUGCUGUAUCAUGGCGUUCUGAGGGUAUUAAAUAUCGUAAAAAUGAAGUAUUUCUUGAUGUUAUUGAAUCAGUUAAUUUACUUGCAAAUGCAAAUGGUAAUGUGUUGUCAUCUGAAAUUGUUGGUGCAAUUAAAAUGCGUGUUUAUUUAUCUGGUAUGCCAGAAUUACGAUUAGGAUUAAAUGAUAAAGUACUAUUUGAAUCAACUGGUAGAGGUAAAUCAAAAUCAGUUGAACUUGAAGAUGUUAAAUUUCAUCAAUGUGUACGUUUAUCAAGAUUUGAAAAUGAUCGUACAAUAUCAUUUAUACCACCAGAUGGUGAAUUUGAAUUAAUGUCAUAUCGUUUAAAUACACAUGUUAAACCAUUAAUAUGGAUUGAAUCUGUUAUUGAAAGACAUGCACAUAGUCGUGUUGAAUAUAUGAUUAAAGCAAGAUCACAAUUUAAAAGACGUUCAACAGCAAAUAAUGUUGAAAUUGUUAUACCAGUACCAAAUGAUGCUGAUUCACCAAAAUUUAAAACAACAAUUGGUAGUGUUAAAUAUUCACCAGAACAAAGUGCAAUAACAUGGUCAAUUAAAUCAUUUCCUGGUGGUAAAGAAUAUUUAAUGAGAGCACAUUUUGGUUUGCCAUCAGUUGUUGGUGAGGAUAUUGAAGGUAAACCACCAAUUCAAGUUAAAUUUGAAAUACCAUAUUUUACAACAUCUGGUAUUCAAGUUAGAUAUUUAAAAAUUAUUGAAAAAAGUGGAUAUCAAGCAUUACCAUGGGUUAGAUAUAUUACACAAAAUGGUGAUUAUCAAUUAAGAACUAAUUGAUCUAUUGCUGAUUUUUAUUUUAUUCUUAAAAAUUAAUUAUUUUCAAGAAAUUAGAUAAGAAAACAUAUUAUUUUAAUCAAUGACAAAUUUAUUACUAUUAUUAUUCAUUUUUAUUUCUAUUUUUUUUUUUCUCAUUUAGCAAUAUAUAUAAUUAAAUAAAUAAAAUAUUAAUUUUAUAUACGUAUAUACCUACAGCCCUAUAUCUUUAUGCUAAUUAAUAAAUAAAAGCGAAUGAAAACAUUGUAUUAUUUUUGUGAAAAAUUAUUUGAAUACUUGAAGUAAAAAAAUGUGCAGCUACAA